AUGGUUUCUUCACUUCUCGCCCUCGGCGCCUUGGCCGCCACCGCUAUCGCCGCUCCCCUCGAUGCUCGCGCCGGCUGCACCUUCACCGAUGCCGCCUCCGCCAUCAAGGGCAAGGCCAGCUGCACCAACAUCGUCCUCAGCAAUAUCGCCGUCCCCGCCGGUACCACCCUCGACCUGACCGGUCUCAAGGCCGGCACCACCGUCACCUUCCAGGGCAAGACCACCUUUGGCUACAAGGAGUGGGUCGGACCUCUCAUCUCCGUCUCCGGUACCAACGUCAACGUUGUCGGUGCCUCCGGCCACUCCAUCGACUGCGGCGGUGCCCGCUGGUGGGACGGCAAGGGAGGCAACGGUGGCAAGACCAAGCCCAAGUUCUUCGCCGCCCACAGCCUCAAGAGCUCCAACAUCAAGAACCUGAACGUCCUCAACACCCCCGUCCAGGCCUUCUCCAUCAACAGCGCCACCACCCUCGGCCUCUACAACAUUGUCCUUGACAACUCGGCCGGUGACUCCGCCGGCGGCCACAACACCGAUGCCUUUGACGUCGGCUCCUCCACCGGUGUCUACAUCUCCGGCGCCAACGUCAAGAACCAGGACGACUGCCUCGCCAUCAACUCUGGCACCAACAUCACCUUCACCGGCGGCUCCUGCUCCGGUGGCCACGGUCUCUCCAUCGGCUCCGUCGGCGGCCGCUCCGACAACGUUGUCAAGGACGUCACCAUCACCAACUCCAAGAUCUCCAACUCUGACAACGGUGUCCGCAUCAAGACCGUCUCCGGCGCCAAGGGCUCCGUCUCCGGCGUCACCUACUCCGGCAUCACCCUCUCCAACAUUGCCAAGUACGGCAUCGUCGUCGAGCAGGACUACGAGAACGGCUCCCCCACCGGCAAGCCCACCAACGGCGUCCCCAUCACCGACCUCACCAUCUCCAAGGUCACCGGCUCCGUCUCCUCCUCCGCCACCGAUGUCUACAUCCUCUGCGCUGCCGGUGCUUGCAGCGGCUGGAAGUGGAGCGGUGUCAGCAUCACCGGCGGCAAGAAGUCCACCAAGUGCUCCAACAUCCCCAGCGGCAGCGGUGCUUCUUGCUAA